CACGCUUAUUAUAUGCGAACGCUGAAAGAACGGUGGAACGUGUGACACAUUCGCGUCUCAUGCGUCGAUAGGUGUGCGUGAAAUGCUAGUUUUUCAGGCACACGAUUUUCACAUAUCACAAAAGUCUGGCGCGUUAUGCGGGACGACCCGAUGUUUCAUUAGCGAGUCACACGUGCCCUAAAUUACGCGAUUCAAUUCCAAAUGCACAUUAUGAUAAUUCGUCGGGUGUAAAAUUUUCCGAACAACAAAAAGCACCGCGAUCAUAUCCGAACGAUCGGGUGUGAGAAGUUUUUUAAAUCGCUAUUCGUAAACAUGGAGAUCAGUAAUUGAUCUCGAUUAUGUCAUCCAUCACCGCAGUCAGCUGAGCUCGACAAAAGCAUAUCAAGUUGCAAUUAUUUUCCUACCGGGCUGAUUCAUCGGCGAGCCGGUUUUAGCGAGUUAAUUCUUCCUCGGCUGAACUGAAUCUUUCUAGCUGAGCAGCUAUUGCAAAAUAGGUAAUACAUUCACACGUCGCGCGUUACAGAGCUGUGUAUAGGCGGCGAGCGGCUCUUAUCGCCGAUUCUGCCGGUUACGUCGAUUCACGAUAGUGUAAAAUGUCAAACGCUAAGAGAAAUUGAAAUAAACAAAUGACCGGGAAUGCCCCGCAUUUUAUGGCCAACAGUUCUUCGAAAAGUCAUAACGUGAUUCUAGCAGGUUUGCUAUAGGCGAUCGACGUAUAAAAGGUACCUGUUCUUCCGCACUCUGGUAUAAUAUCGAUUUCAGCACCACGAAAAACGUACGGAAACAAAUUUUCUUCGAAGCAAAAUGAAAUUCGCAAUAGCUGCUUCGGCAUUGCUAAAUCUUUUGCUGGUAAUUCGCGUUGCCGAGAUAUCCGCAGAUUCGCCAGCGGCACCGCGAUUCACCUGUCCCGCACAUCAGGUACCCGUUUGCGUCGGUGGUGACGGUGAUUACGUGACGACUUUGAGAAACGAGUGCAAGUUCGCUGAGUUUGCGGCGGAGAGUGACGGAAUGGUGAACCGCAUCCUUCAUCGUGGCGUGUGCAACCGAUUCGGAGAUCAACAGAAGUGGUCCGGUUGGGAACGAGACGAAGAUGACAUCCCAGCAAACUACGAGGAAUACAAACUGAAAAAUCCAGAUUCGAAAUACUAAAUUUUCAAAUUUUUUCAUGUUCACAUCUGGAGACAACGUAACGUAUGAAACCCUCGGGCUCUCACGUGUACACAACCGCGCUCGUAGCCGCCAAUGAUUUACGCUUUUGUCUCGUUAUUGACCUUUACUUUGUGCAUUGUCGUUGCACGCACGAAUGCCCUACAAUUCCCACCUCCUGGUGUUUUGACAACGAAAGCGUGACUCACUCAACCGAGAAUAUCGUAUCGUAACGACUUACGAGAUCGAUCGGAUCAACAUCUGCGCACGAACAAAUAACGCGAUCGAAAGAAUUAGUAGCGAUUCCAAGAAUCCCCUACGAACCGCGUAAGGUUGUAACAAAAAAUGCAACCGGGUGAUUCAUAUUCAUGUAGAUGACUAAUUUCGCAUUCUAACUGCUAUACUGGUUCGUUGCUAUAGAUUUAAGAAACGCAGUAAGUAAUUUUCUGCAACGUAUAUGUUAAGGUGUUUUAUCUUUGGAAGAUAUUUUUUUUUCUCUUUCCCUACCCGAAAAUUAUUUGAAGUCCAGCGAUCGGUCGAACGCACAUAAAAGUGUAAGCUCAUUCUAUUCGCAAAUUGUUUAGCCAUUAGGAAUCUCCGAUAUACAAUCUAUGCGAGAGGAAUGGAGAUAUUCCUCUUUUUCUACGAAGUAUCAGAUUUUCGAAUGGAAAAAGAGAAAAAAUAAUAUCGCCUAAAGACCUACAAUAUCAUUUGAUAAUUUAUCGCUACCAAAGGUUGGCCGCACGAUCGCCUCGAGGCCGGAUAAACGCGACAAUAACAUCGUUGUUGAAAUUAUAUUUCAUGUAGUCGUUGGACUGGUUUGCUCUGGGCUGACCGAGAUCUCUGAGGGCUCCACCAUAAUGUUAACAUCCGGCAGCUCAAAGUCUACGAUGUUUAGUGUCCACAGUUCUGUCACGACGACAUAACACUAGAAAAUCUCAAGAUCCGCAGAUGGGUAAAAUUCGGAAACAUAGAAGACCUUGUCUUGAUCGGAAAGGACGUUGUCGGUUGUGCGUGGGGCGUUUAUCUCCGUUUCCACAACUUGAAUACCGGCGAAAGCCGCACAGAGAAAUUUGGUCAUGAGACGAAAAGCGAUGGGGCAUCCUGCCUGGCGGGACAUCCGGUGGUCUCGAUGUUCGCGAUCGCAGAGAGAAAACCGAACCCCAGAGUCCUGAUAUUUACGUAUCCAGAAAUGACGAAAGUUUCCACCUGCAGUAACGGCGCCCCGAACGGGUUCCUGGGCAGCGUAUUCGCGGGAACGGAAUACCUGGUCACUCUGUCGUCGUUCCCCCACUUUGAAAUCACGCUGUGGCAGUGGCGAACGGGUGAAAAAGUGGCAGUAAGAAACACGAGUAUUUCGGAUCCGAGGCAGCCCAUUAAAUGUUCGACGACGGCGCCUCACACGAUAUCCCAACUUGGAUUGAAAACCGGAAGACUUUUCGUACACGAGAUCAGCGUGUGCUCUCGUAUCAUAUCCCUGCUUCCGACGGAGAUAAAAAAUUUCAACGAAAGGGUGGCGUCGGUCAGCUGGGCCUUCGACGGAAAUUUGGUGGCCUGCGAUAUUUUUGGCAACGUUUUCACCAUGGGUAGCGACGGAAGAAGACGCAGUUUGAUCAUCCACGCCGAUGGUACGGCGUGCGGAGUUCGCGAAAAAAAAAUCCCGAUGGUCGCGGCAACUCAAACUGGAAUCCUGGUCGUCGAUGUCAACUCCCAAAUACGAUUUUACAAAAAAUCAUCAACCGAACGGCGUCCGAGUGACGCGCUCUGGGAAUCACGGUGGGAACUCCGAGCCCCCUCUCACCCGACAAAGGUCUUGGUGCACCCCCAAAGGAACAGUUCUUUAUUCUGGGGAGAGCGAGGAGAUUUCUGGGAAAUAUUUUUAGAAGAUUCCACAAAAACUCCGGUCCCCGAUUUGAAGUACAGCCAGGGUUCUCGCUACUUGGCAGUCGCCUGGGCUUACCCCGGAGCGCAGUGUUUUACCUCGUUGGACAAAUUUUGCCAGCUGAACGCUUUCGAACCGAUGACGGGAAUCUGCACGGGGAAACUGUCCCUGAAGGGCGAGGGAGAAGCUCUUUGCAUCGUGUCUCAUCCGGACAUACCCGUUGUCGCGGUGACCACGGAUACCGGAAAGUGUCUCCUCAUCAGUUUGUACAGGGUAUCAGAUCCGAUACUCUUAACGUCUUUUCAUCUCCACGAUCUACCUUUAGAUAUCGCUAAGUUUUCGUACACCGGCCAGACGUUGGCUGUAGCAUGCUCGAAUAAUGGAGCUUUUUUCUUUCUUAAAGGAGAGCCAGGGUCUCAAAUGUACGUGCAGAGUUAUUUGGAGACAGGAAGACAGAUAGUGGAUUUUCUCCUAUACGAAGAUGAAGAUGGGAGCGCCAAGCUUCUCGCGCUAAUCGUAACGAAUACCUCAGCGGUUGUGGGUGAUAUAAUAGUUGCGUACACGCGUAAAGCCGGGGAUAAUGUUUUUCUGGAGGAGAAUUACAUCGUGGAGUUGCUGAGCGCAUUUAAAUCGUUACAUUACGGUCCGAAAGACAGCAAUGACGUGAUAGGAGCACCUUAUCUGUCUCGGCAGAUCCAGCGCUUCGAAAUUCAGAAUAACUUCACGGAGAUAGAACUCGUCCAAGCCCUACCAUCUGGUCAUCAGCUUAGAAAUCCCAGGGUUUACGCGGACCGUCAUCACGUAGUAACGGCGGGUUUCGAUGGCCUAGUUAUCGUCAGAGACGGAGUUAACCUGGAGAAGGUCAUCGCGGUCUUCGCGCCGCAUCAUCGUCGUGAGGGUGGGGCGAAAAUGGCAAUGAUAUCGCCGUGCGGCUCGGCGAUUUUAUCUCUCGGGCGGAACGGCACUCUGGUACUCACAAAACUAAACUACCGCGAGCCGAACGCGAGGCUACUGGGUCAAGCAGCGAUCAAAUUAGAUUCUCCCGUGAUGCAACGUAUGUUUUCAAAGCCCACAUGGGGAUUCGUACCCGAAGACAUCGAUGACGAUGGUAAAAGCUGGGUAGAAUGUCAAAAGGCGAUAGAACGCAGGAAUGAAAAUCGACUGUCACUCGCCGCCAGGGCUGACAUCAGAGACGACUUUCAGCGAUUGAAGACCCAGAUAAUCGCUCUGCUCGAUGCUAAUGAGAGAGCGGAUGCGAACGAGCGGUUGCCGAUAUUCGAGUUUGAUCUCGACAAAGAAGGGAGAAUCCUGAAGAUCGAGAGGGCGGCCGAGGCACGAGCGGAGCUCGAGAUCCAGUUGGACAAAGAAAUGCGAGAAGAGGACAGGAUAGUAUCGUUCGUACUGAAGACCUGCUGGGAACCGAUGAUGGUCCAAGCUAGGUCGAUCUACGCGAUAUUCGGCGAUACCUGCGUUGACAAUUAUCCGCUCGUCGCGAGAACCGGGGAAGAAGAAAAGGAACAAAAGUGGGCGCAUUACACGAAGACGCUCUCCAUGGAGAUUUCAAACCUCGAGCCCCCCGAAAACCGUCAACAGAAAGUGAAAAUCUCGUCGGUAUUCGAUCUUACCCCUUCGUCGGACGAAAACGAAGAAAAUGGAGACGUCGCGCGGGCCGAGGCUAUAGCCUUGACGGGGACCACCACGCAUCGUUGGGUGCAACGCGAUUCCAUGCACUUCAAUCAACUGCAGACUUACAACUACACGCAAAGCGCGAUGGAGAGUGUUUUUACACGGGGAGAAAUCCACAAGCUGAAGAUUCACUUCAACAAACUCUUCGACGAUAUGAUGUCUACGAAGAAACGUGAAAUGGAGAUAGUGGCGGAGAGGAUGGCGAAAUUGAGACACGUGGCGAGGGAACUCCGGACGAUGUUCCAGGUGGACUUGGAAGCUUCGAUUCCAUCAGAUCCCAUCUGGUAUCCUAUCGAAAAACCGGAAACCAUCAUAACGGUGACCGACGAAGAAACGUCUAUCAAACCCUACGUAUCGCCGGAAGAACAGAAAAUAAUUGAGGAAAGGAAUCGUGCCGAAGAAAAGUAUAGAAGAGACAUUUUAGCUGACGAUUUCCGGGAGAAAACCCUGACGGAAACGAUGGACGGCCUUCUGGAAGUCAGGUGGGAAGACGAAGUCAAAAAAGAUAUACCCAAGCCCUCCUGUUUGCUGGAAACUGACCCUGCUCACUAUACCGAAGAAAAUAUCGAAGAGAUCAAGGAGUACGAAGCUAAGGUUGAAAAAUUGAAGAUCGAACGCGAACGGUACCGGGAGCUUUUGCUUAACGAUUUCCACCAAACGACUCGAGACAUGCAGGAGGGCAUAAGAAACUUCAACGAAAAACUCGAUGCAUUUUCUGUAGAAAAGGUAAAGCUCGAAUCCGCCGUUCUCCAGGAGACCCUCAGACUGCUGCGAUCCAAAUGGAGAGAUCUAGGAAAAUCUCAACGAAUGGAAAUGAUAUCGGACGUGAAGGACAACGAAUUGCUACCGGCGACAAGGUACAGCCAGGAACUGAUAGAAGAACUGGCGUUGCUCGACGUAGCCGUUGCGGACUUGCGAAACCGUUACGAAUCGUUGUGCAAGCGUGAAAAAAUGAUGGACGAAAAAUUUCGAGGUGAAUUCGCAGACCUGAAACCACCGAUCGUCGAACAUUUAGCGAGGCAUUACAAGAAGAGGCCAAGAGCCGGAAAAGCCUGCACAUGCACCUCGAUCACUUUUCUCACGGAACUCGGCAGGUGCGUUAUCAGCGGGGAUCCCGCGGACGUACUACCACCGGAAAAUGUCGAGUUUCUCAGGGGAAUGAACAAUUUAGAUGUCAUGCCGAACAAUCUGCCUCCUCAAAUCGACAGUAACCACUGGGGCCACUUGUGUAAAUUGAGGAGAACGAAAGUGGAGACAGAAAUAAGGGUAAAAUGCUGCGCCGUAGAACUAGCCGAAGCUGAACAAACGGUCGCUCUGUAUCAGAGGAUGAUUACAGCGAGCCAAAACCGAAUCGGUCAACUGAAAGAGGCGCUCAGAGAGCACCGGAUCUCAAGGCAAAGAUUCGUCGAAGAUAUGGAGGUCCAGUUGGUCCUGAAGAUGGGUCAGAUCGAAGUACCUGCUCUCCUUGGCAACGUGAACGACUUUUCCGAUGCGGUGUUGGUCCCUGCGGACGAGGUCAGAGCCGUCAACGACGCCAUCGUCGACGCAGGUCGUCUGAAACUCUCCGCGAUGAAGAGGACGAUGGACUUUCGAAGGGGAAUACUCUGCAAGGAGUGGCAACACUCUUACAUGUGCAAAUCUCUCGAGGAUCUCAGGGCGGAAGUUAAAUUAUUGGAAGACGUUAAGGUGACCAAGGAGAUACAAGAUUACGUGAGGAGAGGCACCGCAAGUUCAACGAAGGAGAAGGACGUGCAGACGUUCGAGAGAGAAGUGGAGUCUAUGAAUCUAAGAUUCGAGAGGAUGGUCGAAGCCGAGCGAAAACAUUUGGAGAAUUUACGACAGCAGACCAAACACUGGAAAAGUAGAAACGAAAGACUAGACGCUAUGAUAGAAAGGAUAAGCGUAACGAACGCCCGUAAUUCUUCGGACGUUAAAAAAGAGGUGAUUGACAAAGAGAGCAAGUUCACAAAUAGCAGAAUGGAAGCCAUCAUGAAGAGAACUAGAUUGGUUAAGGACGUACAAGUCAGCUACAACGAGCUUCUCGGCUUACAAUCCGAAUUAGAACUCCUCAGGCUCAAGACCUAUCCUACUUUGAAAUUCAAGUCUGAAGGUCGGAAAGAACCGGCGAUAUGUAAGAAAGACGGCUCCGAUACGUAGAUAAAUAGAUCACCUUGGCUUUUCCAUAGUAUCGCCGUAACACGAGCCAGCCCAUUUUUCCUCGAUUAUUCAUUCGCGAUGAACAACGAAUGGACUAACACGUAGGUAUUCGCGAGCGAAGGCUGAGAGAUUAUAAAUCAAUUAUCUGUAGCGACGUGGGGAUUUACAUAAAUUGGUUGAAGUACAGUUAGUUUUUUUUCUCACGAUAACAAUUUUAUUAUGCUAACUACAAUUUUGUUUACGUAACGUUUGUAUUUCAUAUCUUCGUUAUAGCUGUUCCUGAUUUUCAUCGUAAAUGAGAAGUACAGUGUAAUGGAGUGGUGAAUUUUAUCAACCGGUCAGCCAUAGGUUAUCGACUUUCGUUUCUUAAUUUUUUACACAGCCAAUUACGGAACAGAUGCUCGUGCGGAUUGAAAUAAUAAUUCAAUUUUUUUUCCCUUCUCUCUUCCAUUUGAAGCUCCAAUGAGUACGAAGUUCAAGGGUAAUUUCACGAUUACUACGUGAUUUGUCACGUACGAUAUACCAGCUGCAAUUUAACAAUUACUUCUUAACCUUUCCUAACAUCUUGACGAUAACUACCUCCGAGAGCGGCUUGGAUGAUCUGGAGUUUUCCAUACAUCGUUCGCAGUGCUUUCAAGUAAAUUCGAAAAAAAAUUCAAACGAACAGCCGGUCAUUGACAUUGAUUUUUAAACGAAGUGUGAAUACGUGAACGAAAAAUUAUCUUCUCCAUUAAUUUAUUUUUUGAAAGUGAACAGAAGCUAUAAAAUAUACAACUUUACCGAGUCAACGAUUUGCAAAUUCUCCUCACGAAUGUUUAUUCAAGGACCUACGCGUCGCGGAACUCCAUCUCGUUGAAAUCGUUCUUUCUCUCUUUUUCCGGCUAAUUAUAUUCGCCUGGCAACGACGCUAAUAGGAUAAUCUCUAUAUUGAUGCAGGUUUCAAGAUGGACUACGCGAUACAUCAUGCUCUGAAAUCUUAGAACGCAACGAGUAGGUAGUAGUCAGCUACGUUAACGCGCAUUUUCUUAUCGGGGGAACUCCCGCGUUACGUCACGUGAUCAUAUGUAUUAUUGUAUGUACACUGAAUGAGAAUAAGAUUGAAGAAAAAAAAAAAAAAAAAACUCUCGGCGAUACGAGGCCCUUGAUUUUAUCCCCACGUAGGAGGCAAACGAAGCAAAGAUGCGAACGAGACACUUUCAUAAAUAAUAAACAACAUGUAUCUUGAUUCCGAGAAAACACGGUAAAACGAAUGUGUGCAUUGAAAUUUACGCUUACGCACACUCCUUCGAGUUAAAUUAUUAUACAGUGUCCGUGUGAAGAGAGAGAGACGUUUGUUAUGCUCGUCCAAUCGCUAUUUUUUUAGUUUAUUUUAUUUACACUUUAAAAGUUGGGCCUGAUUCAAAAUCGAGGACGUCUCUCGUACGUAUGCUGAACUGCAGAUGUGAGACAUUGUUAUUUGUCUCGAUCCGAACGAUGAAAAAAAGUCUUGCAAUAAUAAUCUCGCGGAGGUUUCCAUCAAUUUGGAAAAGCUCAACAAUUUUUCAUAACGGGUCUUUCGAGUAACGCGCAAUUCUUUUAUGAAAUUUUUUCGUCAAAUUACUCACGCGCGUGUAACGCGAAAUAACCGUGAGAUUCAAAUUUAUGCGCAUUCAUAUUUUGAAUAGAUUUUAUUAAAAAUCUGUCAAAAUUCAGCUAUGUUAUUCGGACGGAGAAAAAAGGACAACAGCUGCUGCCGGUAUUUUACUAUCGCUUAUACGAUCUCUGGGAGAAUAUCAUUAAGUCAAGAGAAUAUCGGUGUUAGGUAACGCAAGUGGUUCCCAGACCAGUAAAUUUUUUGUCAACGUCGUUUUCGGACGCCACUCGAUGUCGCGCGAUCGCUGAUCCGAAACCACCCGCAGCAACUUCCCGACGAUCAUCCUUGUAAUGUGCAGAUUUCUAAACUGCAUUCAUGUAUAACGUAUACGUGUAACCUAUACGCAUGCCAAUUUAAUAUUCAUAUGGGACAUGAGCUACUUGCGUUCAGCUAUUAUAUCACAAUCUCCGAAUUGAAAAAUACCCGAGGCUUCAAUACAGCGGCAAGUCGCCGGCUGUCCCGAGCAAUAUUCACAAUUGAUAAGGACGUGAAGUAUGCAAAGCGAAGAGUGCGGGAGAAGCCCCCACCAUAAAAGUUUCCACCCCACGACGGCGAAGACCGUUCUGCAUAUAAGAAGCACCGGCAAUGCUUCUGCCCAAGCAACCUCCUGGUUGUCGAACGUGUAACAUUGCUCGUAACUUUGUUUUAUACCGAGAUUUAAUUCCGCCGCAUGAGGAUGAUUCCCCGGCAGGCCAUCCUGGUGGCCCUGGUGGCACUCUUCGCUGUCGGCUGCAACUCCACCACUACGCGACCAUCAGUUUUCACAAUGUGCGUACCGGAAAGAUUCUGGCAAGAAUGCGUGCACAUGACGAACGAGUCAUCCGUCAAAGGAUUUCCGAUCGCCUGUAUCGCCGGGCGUGAUCGGUACGAUUGUAUC